CUACUGCUGCUCCGGCCUGAGGUGUGUGUCAUUUAUUCAGUGGAAACAUGAUGAACAUCUUCAUCUUUGUCCCUUUGAUGUUGGUCCUUCAUUUCAUCUGUGGAGAUCAGCCACCGCUCAGAGAAGGGAACAUCACAUUUCAUGAUGAACAUAAAACCUUGGCAGAAGCCCAGGCCUACUGCAGGACGCACCACACUGACUUGAUCACUAGCGGGGAAAAAACAGAUCUACCUUCAAAUUACAAAGGCUGGAUCGGACUGCACAUAGUCUGGAAAUGGUCUAGCGGAGGUGAGAACAAAAGCGUCUCCAACUGGCAAGGCAGUCAUAACCGCAACUGCAACUAUAAACUAGGUUUCCUUUGCUACGAUGAGAGGCUGGUUCUGGUGAAGGAGAAUAAAACAUGGGAGGAGGCGUUGGAACACUGCAGAACUAUGAAGGAAGGAAAAAACUACACCCUGGCCACUCUGAACACCAUUGACGACCACAACUUUGCACGAGAGAAAGCCCAGCUGGCAACCUCUGAGGAGGUGUGGACGGGCCUGCGUUACCUUGGUGAUGAGUGGUUCUGGGUGGGUGGAGGACCGGUGCAGUACCAGGGUAUUCCAAGAUGCCCAGCUGAGAGGUGUGGAGUCCUGGAGAAGAACAGCGACUCAUCCUUUGGGAUCAGAGACUGUAAUGAGAGGAGGAACUUCUUCUGUUACUUAAAAUCUUAAAGCAUUCAUAGCUUAGCCAUUUGAUAAUAAAGGCUUUUCAUUUGUAGAUGAUGACAAUAUAAACUAGCUGGGUGGUUGGAUGGCAAGAAUAGGUCAGCUUAGGAAGAUUAGAAUAAUAUUUUAAAUAUGUGCUAUGUGUAGCAAUAUUCCUAGUCAAAGUAAAAUGAUUACUCAAAAAUAUUUUCCUUAGUUUGAUCCACAUGCUUUGAUUUGCAUGUCACUUUUCUGCCUGUAUUUCUAAAUGUAGCGACUGAUGGAACAACCCUAUAUUACAGAUUAUAUAACUGGAUCUGGAUGGGAUUCUGUUUCAAAAUACAUGAAAUAUUUAGACUGGUCAAACCCAACCCAAUCUUUCUAAUAAAUUGAUGAUAUAAAUUAUUAUCAAUUCAGGCAGAAAAAAAAAUCUUACUGGAACCUGAAAUAUGAAAUAUGAAAACCUUUUUGAUGGAAAAUAGCUCCCCAUGUAGGCUGCAUAAAUAUUACAGUCAGACUCAGUUAUCUUAAUAAACAAUUGUGUGGAGUAAAAGUAACAAAGGAAUUUAAUUAAUAAAAAACACUUAUUU